AUGACGUACACAGUGGUGGUGUCUCCGCCGUGCUACGCCAGUAACCCCACCAUCCACUCGGAGGCGAAUCGGCCACGACAGAGACAAAACUUGAAGACCCAGAAGAACAACCGAGGCCAGAAGAGCGGUGGCGCCUCCACAACCACCACUACUACUUCCGGCUUCGGCGGCAAGAAAAAGGAUCCUCUGUGGCAGUGUGUUCAGGGUUGUGGCGCUUGCUGCAAGCUCCAAAAAGGUCCCUCCUUUCCCUCCCCCGAAGAAAUCUUUGACGACCCUUCUGAUAGCCAGUCGUACAAAAGUUUGAUAGGUGCAGAUGGGUGGUGCAUACACUACGAAAAAAGCACAAGAACAUGCUCUAUCUAUGCCGAUCGCCCAUAUUUUUGUCGAGUGGAGCCAGAUGUUUUCCAAACGUUGUAUGGAAUUGACAAGAGAAAGUUCAACAAGGAGGCUUGCAGUUGCUGUAUCGAUACAAUCAAAUCUGUAUAUGGUUCCCAGUCUGAAGAGUUGGAUAAUUUCAAUCAUGCAAUAUGGAGCACAAGCUGA